AUGAGUGGCGGUGAUGCUGAACACAACGCCUUGUCUCAGAUUUUCAGAAUAAGCAAGCUGUUUGAUACCGUUGAUUCGUCGGACUCGUCAAGGAGUUAUCGCGAUGUUGAAGGUGGGAUAAUCUCAGGGCUUGAAUUUCUAGCGGGUCUCUUUGAUGACUUGCACCUUUUGAAGAGUUUCGGGAUUAUAGGAGAGCAGAACAAGAUUUAUCAAAGGUUUAAAAAGACGGGUCUGUGCUCUAAAGUCUGGCUCGUAUCGUUGAUUUUAUCUUCGCGUAAGAGCCUAGGCGAGAUCAUUCGACUUGCAGCAUCAAGGUCAAAACUAAGGACAGAGAAACUGAAGUUUAUGAGAAGUCCCGCCAACUCAGUUAGGAAAAUACUGAUCGACAAGAUCUCUAACAAGCUCGAUGAAAUAGACAGGAAGUUAAGACUGGCGGUUAUAGAACUACUGCAGACUUUUGCUUAUCUGCUUGUGGUUAUUAUUGAUGUUUUCAAACUCGGCAUCAGUGAGAAGUGGAGGAAGCUGAUUGAUAGAGUUUCCGGGUUUUUUACUAUUUUGAAAUUUCUCUUUCUUGCUGCUUCUCCGUCCUAG